UUCUCAGAAGGAGUGCAUUUAGCCAGCUUGAAGCCAGAGCUCUUAUUGAGAAUUAUGUUGCUGUAACCUGCACCAAGUUGGCAUUCUGGGGAAAAGACAUUGACACGCAUAGUAAAGGUUUCAAAGCAGCACUCGAAAUAGGCCUAAUGACUCCACUCCCAGUACCUGAUGACGAGGGGAGACGUAUAAUCAUGAUAAGGCCAGGUCAAUGGCAUAGUUGUGAUAGACGAUCAGACGAACGUCACACCAAAAGUACUGGCGUUUGGUGGGUUGGACAAUAUUACAAAAAUGUUCUCUUUCUUAAUGAAUAAGUAUCCUGUGAGAAUGAAAGGUUGGCACUUUUACAAUGCUGCAAUAGUGGCCCAGACGUUGAUGAGUGCAAUAAUGCCAUUCCUGCCCCAGAAUAUCCAGGACAGG